CUGUCCGACUCCGCACGCGUUACGGCCGAGCUGAGAUUUAAAAUAAUUGUAUUAUUUAGUUCGCACCCUUAAAAAAAAAUACAAUUGUCUAUUCGUAGAUUUUGGCGCGAAAACAUACUUUUUAGCCUACAUUUUUAAUGUCAAAGUGAAAUGUUUUGAUAAGUUUUAUGCGAUUUGCAAUGAUUGUAAGGUCAAGUUAUGAUAAGGGUGGUUAAUUUCGUCGCAGGCCUCUCAAAUAAUUAGUGUUUAAGCGAUGCAAUAUCAAAGUAAUGAAGAGGACGACUUGCAAUAUCGGAUUUUUGGUGAAUCCUUCAACUUUCCAGCCGAAAACAGCAGUUCCGCCGUCCGUCGUAGAAAACGUAGCGGCUAUGAGUCAGAGUCGAGCGAAUAUUCAGAAGACUCGACGGUAUACGAAGAUGUGCCGUCUACAACCAAAAGUGUUGGGCCGAGGAAGAAUAUCAACAGGGGGAGGUGGACGAAGGAUGAGGAUAAAAGACUCAAGAACUAUGUAAAGAUGUACAAUGAGAACUGGGAGCUGAUAUCGGCGCAGUUCUCAGACAGGUCCGACGUCCAAUGUCAGCAGCGAUGGACGAAAGUCGUCAACCCUGAACUAGUCAAAGGCCCUUGGACCAAGGAGGAGGAUGAGAAAGUCAUAGAGUUAGUAUCUAAGUACGGUCCGAAGAAAUGGACCCUAAUUGCAAGGCAUCUCAAGGGCAGAAUAGGAAAACAGUGCAGAGAACGGUGGCACAAUCAUUUAAAUCCAUCGAUAAAGAAAACAGCGUGGACGGAGCAGGAAGAUAGAAUUAUAUACCAAGCGCACAAACAGUUGGGAAACCAGUGGGCCAGGAUUGCUAAACUUCUGCCGGGCAGGACAGACAAUGCCAUAAAAAACCACUGGAACUCCACAAUGAGGAGGAAGUACGAGCCGGAUCUGCUGGACAGUUUCGAUACCCUCAGGAGGAAACAGCCGCGUGCCAAGAGACAGGAGCAAGUAAGCGACGAGCGUAGAGAGAGAGUCGUUGUCGCUUUUAAUGAUUCAAGUCAGAACUGGACGGACCCUUUCAACGAGUCAACCCAAAGCAACUCCUCUAACACGAGUCAACCGUCGAAACAAGUAUUACACUUUAGGCAACUAUUAAAAGAUCAACUGAAUAACUUACAACAUCAACCUAUAAGGAACAAGUCGCCUGAUAGAGGAGGCAUGGUCGCUGCCGAAACUGUGGAGAUCCUCGAAUCACCGUUUAAAUUUGUGAACAUAGAACACCUACCCGAAGACUCUGCUGUAAAGAACUAUUUAAAUCAAGUUGCCGCGGAGAGCAAUAAUCAGAACACAGUAAAUUACUCGGUCCAAUCAGAAGAGAGCAAAGAGGUCACAGUGCCAACAGUAUAUCUGUCUCCAAAGAAGAAGAGUAUGGAGACCAACAGUCCCCCACCCAUACUUAGGAGAGGCAAGAUCAAAAGGCAGGCAGGCAUUUCACACAACCCUCAUGUAUGGGAAAAAUCAAUAUCAAAAGUGAUGGAAGGUGCAACUCCCAUCAAAGCUCUACCAUUCAGCCCGUCUCAGUUCCUAAACUCGCCGGCUGGAUUAUCUUUCCCUACCUUCGAUACGCCGCUGAGACAUACACUCGGCAGCAAAGAUCUAGGCGCUAGUCCAUUACUUCAUACGCCAACGCCUGCAAAUUUAACCCCCGGCGGAAGUCAGUUCAAGACUGAAACGCCAAAAACACCAACACCUUUCAAAAUGGCUAUGGCGGAAAUAGGCAAGAAAUCCGGCCUCAAAUACGAACCGUCAAGUCCGGGCCUCCUCGUUGAAGAUAUAACGGAGAUGAUCAAACGCGAAGAGAAUUCCGAUAGUACUGUACAGCUGAGCGACUCCAUGUUAUCAUCGGCUGCAGAUCAGGAAAUGAAUGUACAGGUGAACGAUUCCGGUAUAGGCAGCGGUAGACGGAAUACGGGCAAGGAAAACAUGCCUUCACAUAAAAAGGCGCGCAAAGCUCUCGCACACAGUUGGGGGGCAGCCACCAGUACACCGCAUUCUCAUUCCCACUCGCAAGUGCCGGACGUGUCUUUCAUUGUGGAAACACCAAGUAAAACCCUCGCGGGAGACAGUUCAGUGCUCUUCUCCCCACCAUCCAUAGUGAAGAACUCACUUCUAGAUGAAUCCACAAGCCUUCAUAGCUUGAUGAGCUCCGAAAACACACCGGAACCAAUGAAUAUCGAGGAAAUGGACCUCGAAAACGUUAUCUCAGAAAAAACUAAGGUACAACACAGGUCCUAUAUCCCUACUAAUCCUCUACCUAACACCCUGGAUCCUAAUUUAAUACUCUACGAUGACAUUUACGAAAACCAGACGGACUUACGGCCCAAUCCUAGCAUAUUUAGAAAUAUUACUAAUAUCGAAUCGCCUAGAAGCUUUGCGAGAUUAAACGCGGAAAGGUUACGUACUAUUACAAGUUCGAAUGAAUUAGCUUGCGAUAACGUUAAUCGAAGUAAUAUUAGUAAUAACGGUAAUAACGUUACAAAUAACGGCAGUAACGUUACAAAUAACGGUAGUUCGUUAAUAGCUCCUAAAGAAGUACUCGCCAAUGCGUUGGCCGAUCAUAUUUAUAAAGUGACGAAUCAAAAGCCGUCUACAUCACGUAUAGAUGAAAUAUUAACCAAUAAAGUUCUGAAAACGAAUGAGGUAGAAAAGGAAAAUCAAUGGUGGCAUAUAGAGAAAGAAUCGGAUGAUUUGUAUAAUGAAUAUUAUAUGUUUACUAAUAUGUGAGAUUCUGUAAUAAAAAAUGGUAAUAGAACAUCGGUUUUAAUGUAAAACUAAGUACAAAUAGUACGAGUUUUUAGUUUCUUGAAGCACCAAUGACUGUUCAGCUCUUUACAAAAAGAAAACUUUAAAAUUCGCACUUAGUAUAAGAUUUUAAAACAAGGAGAUGUAAGUAUAUCUUUCACUUGGCUUUAUGAUAUCCAAAUUUACGGAAAUCAUAAAUUGGAAGAUAUGCAAAAUUGCAAACCCGUACUAGUACGGUCUACGGCAUAAUAUUAAUUAAAACGUUAUACACAAGCAACGUUAUUGAUAGCAAUAACGCUUUAUAAUCGUCUAUUUGAUGAAUUUUAUUCAUAAACAGUAGUAGUACCUACUGAAAAUUGCAGGAUGUUUAGCAUUAAAUCGAUGAUGAUUAGUUUAAACAGUAUUGUACAGAAUUGAAAACGGUUGUGAAGUAAUAUAAAAAACAAUUUGUAGUUAGUAAUUAUGAAUUCAGGCCGCCGGCAGCCAUGCGUAUCUAAUGAGAUCAUAAUCAAGAACAAAAAAAUAUUUUGACUUGUUUUUAAUGCGAGAACAUGUAAAUUUUAAUUGAUAAAUGUACAGGACAGUCGCAUAUCUCAAGAAUUCGAUUAUACAUAAAACUUUCUCAUAUUGACCAUCCUUUCGGCACAUCUCGCAUAUUGCUCUUUGGCU